AUGGCUGCUUUGGUUCAGACGAUUCCGCAACAAAGUGGCACGGUCUCGGUGCUUCAGACUCGUCCUUCGUCGUCCUCGGGCACAUUCACCUCCUCCCAAUCCUCCCCUCCCCAGACCUCCCGGAACAUGUCCUGGAAUACAUACAACACGACGGGCAGCUCGGGCAGCUACAGGGUUGGCCACCCGGUUGUGGCCCCUUACGCGUUUACCAGCACCCCCAACCUCUCCAAUUCGACCACCGCCUCGAAUCGUCAGUCGUGGGCGGGGUCGUUGAGGCCGGCGAAUCGCACCUCUUCGGCCCCCUCUGCUCCUCAGGUGUCGCUGGGCCCGAAUUUCCCGGGAGCGAACUCACGUCAUGUCCAUAAUCCUGCAGCUGGUUCUGUAUCCACAUCCUCCUCCGACUCUUCCCUCCAGUCCUACGUGUCUAAGGACGACACGGCCAUUCCAUCCAGGCAGCUUCGUAGCGAGCCUCCUCUCCGCCCUCUUUCGACCGCCAACCUCCCCUCUCCGUCCUCCCCCUCCUUCAUGAACAUAUCAUCUCCUACUGUGGCUCGCCCCUCCCCGGAUCGGUAUCGCCGAGGCGCUCGGAGGCCCGACAGUGUAGCUGGCACACCCUCGACGACCACGGGGCCUGGCUCUCCGCGCAUGCAACCCGUCACGUCUCUCACAGACGAGCCGAAAGGCUCGGCCCCGGAUGCAUCUCGUAGCGCUGGUCACCAUCGAGUCUCGAGUGCCGACGACACCUCGCGUGCGGAGAAGUCCCACCCCGAGCUCGCGAAGAGAUAUCGUCGCCGCAGUUGGGGAAACAUCGACAACGCUGGUCUGAUUAAUAUGCAACUCCAUCUGCCGACCUCAUCUCCGAUUCCGACCACAGGAGGAAAUGACUAUUUUGAUGAGAAUGUUCGGCCACAGUCUGCCCAGUCCAACCGGGAAUCUCCAGGCAGCCUUCACUCGGCCCACUCGUCGACUUCCUCCGUGCGUUCGACUGCACAAACAGAUUCGGCAUCUUCCCACAAUAAAGCUCCUACAAGACCAUCCCCCUUGUCGCAACCUGUCGCUGCAGAUGCCUCGCCUCCAAAACAGCAACGCCAGCAAACAGAUCGUAAAGAACCUCCUGCGGUAGCGGAGAGCGUCGCGUCUCAACGUCUAGCCGAAAUCACCAAGAAUGAUCCGAAGAGACUCGGGAAAUCCAGGCUGAGGAGGGCCUUCUCGUUUGGUAGUGCGUCAGAGCUCCUCAAGGCCUCGGCACAGACAAAUGCGGGCAAGAGAGAUGCCAUCAUGGCAGAAAAGGCGCGUAGAGAGAUGCUAGAGGAGGAGUUGGGUCCCGAGCAGGCAGCCAUUGCCGAACAGCAAGAAGCCAGCGGGCUGGGAGAGAGCAUUUAUUCUCACCACCAAGGGCGAUUCUUCAAUGCCUCCACCGAUAAUGUGUCAGUUUCGUCCACCGCAUCCUCCGCCUCGAUCAUGCUUCGCAAGAUGGGCAAAGGAAUGAAGCGCUCAACUCGGUCCUUGGUUGGCUUGUUCCGCCCGAAGUCGGUGAUCAGCACGUCGUCCAAUGACGGUGUCGCAGUACAGCCGAUGACACCGCAGUUGUCCGUGGUCAAUGUCGAGGCAGAAAGGAAAAGCGUUUCCGUUAACGCAGACCCACAAGAUCUCCCCCGCGGCGGCACGGUGUUCCCCAAGGUGGAAUCCAAGAACCCCGAUGCGCACGGCAACGAAGACGGAGCGUUCGACAGAUCCCAAUCGCGUAAAAGCAUUGUGGGAGGGGAUCGGGAACGGGCCGAGGUUCUUGCCGCUGUCCGAAAGGGCAUCCUCAAGAAAACCUAUUCCGACUCGGCCAAGCCCACUGGCCCGAAUAAACCGGCAAACGGUAACGACUCCCCGCAUUCCAGCGCCCCCAGCACCCCAGAGGAUCAGAUGCGAUCUGGUAAUCGGCGAUCUGAUGCGGUUCGGAUUGCUGGGGAGGACGACUACCUUACAGAGGGACGUCUGGCGGGUGGCGAGAGCAAGAGCGCGCCGAUCAGCCCGCAAGCCGUGAUGCCCAAGAGCCUCGUCUUCAGUCCUCGGAUCCAGUUCCAUGAAACCUGGCCGAGCGGGGAGUAUGACCGCCGGGGCGACAUCGCCACUUGCAAUCGACUGACUCCUCUGCUCGCCCAGCAGAUCAAGGAGGAGUUGAACAAUUUCAAAAUGGAGAUGGAAGUUCACGAGACCUCGAAAAUCUAUACCCACUUCCUCUGA